AUGCGCUGCUCCACCCUGCUCGCCAUCCUCACGGGGGUGCUUCUCUACUUGGUGCUGGGUGCCGUGGUGUUCCGCGCCCUGGAGGCUCCACGAGAGGAGGGCAAGCACAUGCAGUUGCAGGACACCCGCCGGGACUUCCUGAUGAACUUUACCUGUGUCGACUCAGACAACCUACAGACCCUUAUAGAGGAGGUGGUGGAGGCCGUCGGUGCAGGUGUGGAUCCCAGCAACAACAUCACCUUUGUCAGUCAAUGGGAUCUGGCCAGUGCCUUUUUUUUCUCAGGGACAGUCAUCACGACCAUCGGUUUUGGAAACAUCUCCCCCAAGACAGAAGGAGGGCAGCUGUUCUGCAUUUUCUACGCCCUGGUGGGAAUCCCAAUGUUUGGUAUCCUGCUCGCUGGAGUCGGAGACCAUCUGGGUACUGGGCUGAGGAAAACUGUUGCCAAAAUAGAGACUCUAUUCCUGAAAUGGCGCGUUAGUCCCACUAUUGUGCGAGUGAUCUCAGCUGUCCUGUCCAUCCUGCUGGGUUGCCUGCUCUUUGUUGCAGUGCCUAUCCUAGUUUUCCAAAAGGUGGAGGGUUGGACUCUUCUGGAGUCGGCCUACUUUGUAGUUAUCACCCUAACAACAGUUGGGUUUGGAGACUACGUUGCAGGGGAUUCUGGAAUUGCGAGGAGCGACCACUGGUACAAGCCUUUGGUGUGGUUCUGGAUCUUGCUGGGUCUUGCCUACUUUGCAUCUAUCCUGACAAUGAUUGGUAACUGGCUUCGGGUUCUUUCUAAGAAGACCAGAGCUGAGAUGGAGGGAUUACGAGCCCAUGCCACUGACUGGACUCAGAACAUCCAGAAUAUGUCAGUGGAUUUUCGAAUUCCAGGAAAAAUCGAUGACCCUUUCAAACGUCGCCGGCGAAAGCGCCGCCACGGCCCUCGCAGCCAUGGUCACAGUGUGUCAGCUACAGGGGCUCCUGAAGGGAAAAAAGAGCAGCAUGAUAAUCAAACAGAUUCUGGAUCUUACUCCUCUUCCUCUUCCUCCUCCUCCUGCUCUAAUGAGUCAGGGUCUGGGUCAGAAACAGACUCUCAAGUGACUCAGUCGGAGAGAGUGCCUGAAGAAAAAACUGCAGAGCCUGAAAAGGAGGAGACUCUUCCAGAUCCCCACCUGUCUCAGCCCCUGGACUACUUUGGGGAGAACCUUGCAUUUAUUGAUGAGUCUUCAGAUGCUCAUAGUGGUAAACUACAUUUGGAUCCUCUGCUGGAUCCAACACAACCCAACCCUACGCGGUCUCGCCAGCCAAAGAGGAGACGCCACAGAAGGCCUGUUCCAGAGAGAAGCCCAAAAAACGACAGCUCCAAGCCUGACAAAAAGGAGCCCAAUGGAAACCCCAAACCAGUUCCAGAUCUACCAAUGCAACAUAAGAUUUAAACUAGUAACAGAAACCCCAAUAGUAUAACAAGUAUCAACUUGAGAGAUAUGAGAUGUAUUGAAAAUCUGGCAGAGGAUUUUUCAGUUUAGCAAUUUAUUUGUGUAUAUGUACUGUACUUAAAUGCACUUAAGAUGAAAACAUGUUGCAGAAGC